GAACAAGAUAAUAUAGCUCGGAAGUAUUAUUAAGAAUUGCGUGAGGAUGUGUCCGAUGUUUAGUCUAUCAUUGCAAUGAGUGAAAAUCACAACGAUUCACACGAUAACGUCGGUGUUUGAAAACAUUCUGUUCUACGUAGUUGUUAAAAGCAAAUUGGAUGGUGUUUUACUUUGGUGCCGUACAGAAAAGAUAAAGAGAAUAUUUUUUUAUAAACACAUAUUUUAAAAUGGCAUUCAUUACGGCUUACUGGGGUCUGGAUGGCAUGAUAGCUCUAACGGCUCUCAUCAUAACUGCCUAUCUUUACAUGACUCGCAAAUUCAAUUAUUGGAAGAAACGGAACGUUGUGGAAAUACGGCCGACGCCAUUCUGGGGCAAUUUCAUGGAUUGUGCGCUUUUAAAGAAAUCUCCUGGCUAUUUCAUAAAAGAACUUUACAAUCAAGCAAAGGGAUUACCUUACAUCGGUUUCUACAUUUUAGACAAGCCUUUCUUGUUGCUUCGCGAUCGGGAAAUCGUCAAGAAUAUUUUAGUAAAGGACUUUAAUUAUUUUGCCGAUCGAUAUGGCUCGCCUGAUCCGAAUGAUCGUAUAGGUUAUGCUAAUCUCUUCUUCCUGAAAAAUCCAGCCUGGAAGGUGUUACGAACAAAGUUGACGCCAAUCUUUACAUCUGGCAAACUAAAGAAAAUAUUUGAAUUGCAGAUUGAAUGCGCUACGAAUCUAGACACGUAUUUAGAAUCCUUGAAGGUGGACGGUAUAACAAAAGAGGUAGACAUGAAAGAUAUAGCCGCUAAAUUCACCACAGACAUGAUUGGCUGCACUGCAUAUGGACUCAAUGUAAACUCAUUGAACAAUCCGAACGCUGAAUUCCGAAAGUACGGUAAAAUGAUUUUCGAUUUUGGCUAUAUCCGGGGUUUUGAGAUGCUUGCGGUGUUUUUUCUCCCAUAUAUAACUCGUUUGGCCCAUUUAAAAGUAUUCGGCAAAGAUCCCAGUACUUUCUUACGCAAAGCCUUCUGGGAGACGAUGACUCAACGCAUGGAGUAUGGCAUAAAGAGGAACGAUCUCAUAGAUAUUCUUAUCGAACUAAAGAAAAAUUACGGUCAGCAGGAUAUGGGAGGAUUCAAAUUUGAUGAUGACGAU